AAGUAGUUUCGGUUGUGGGAAUGGGGGGACUCGGGAAGACUACCCUGGUGAAAAAAGUCUAUGAUGAUGCUGCAGUGAAGAAACAAUUUCAGAGCCAUGCCUGGAUAACUGUUUCUCGAAAUUUUCAGUUCAGCGUCAUCAUCAAGAACCUGAUCCAACAAUUGUACAACGAAAUCAGACAGCCGGUCCCUCCCCAAGUGGAAUCCAUGGAUGUUCUUACGCUGAGUGAAUUUGUCAGAGACUUCCUCCAAGAAAGAAGGUACAUUCUUGUCCUUGAUGAUGUGUGGAGUAUAGAUGCCUGGGAAGCUGUCAAAUGUGUAUUGCCUGACUGCAAUAUCACUAGUCGUGUUGUGUUGACAACACGAAUAGCUGAUGUAGCUUCUGCGUCCUGUUUAGGAUCACUUGACUUCGUCUAUAAGAUGGAGCCUCUUUCUGAUAAAGAGUCUUGGACUCUGUUUUGCAAUAGAACAUUUCAGAGCAAUGACUGUCCUCCAAAUCUAGAAGAAGUUGCUAAAAAAAUAUUGAAAAAAUGUGAGGGCCUACCGCUUGCAAUUGUUGCAAUAGGUGUUGUUUUGGCUCUGAAGGACAUGGAAAAGACAGAUGAAUGGGAGAUGAUUCUUCAUGGUUUUGGCGGCGAGGCAGAUGGCAGUGGUAAGCUUGACAGGAUCAAAAGGGUACUCUUACUUAGCUACAAUGAUUUGCCUUACUAUCUUAAAAGCUGCCUAUUAUAUCUAAGCAUCUACCCUGAAGAUUAUCCAAUUGAUGUGGAUGAUAUACUUCUGAAAUGGAUUGCACUAGGAUUUGUAGAAGAGAAAGAAAGAAUAACAUCCACUGAUAUUGCUAUGAGAUAUAUGAAAGAACUCAUCAACAGAAGCUUAAUCCAAGUUAAAUCCUCAUUUGCCGAUGGCAGAUUGGAAACAUGUGGUCUCCAUGAUUUUCUGCGUGAAAUCAUUGUUUCAAAAUCCAAAGAGCAGGACUUCACGACUGUGGCCACCAGAUAUUACACAAGAUGGCCUACAAAAGUUCGACACCUAGCAAUCCACAACUUCACUGAUAAUCCACAAGAAUUUAGUCGCUUAAAGUGUCUUCGGUCUGUGGCAAUAUUUGGGUAUGAAGAUCCUUUCACAACUACAUUUUUAUCCGAGUUCUUAAGUGGUGAUCCCAAGUUGCUAAAGGUGUUGGAUUUGCAUGGAGCUGAAUUGGACAACAUCCCAAAGCAAGUCUUCAAACUAUUUCAUCUCAGGUAUCUUAAUCUCAGUGGAACUGGAGUUAAAAUUAUUCCAAAAUCUAUUGGGAAGCUUCAAAACCUUGAAGCUAUAGAUCUGAUAGGAACGAAUGUAACAGAGUUGCCUGCGGAUAUUCUAAAUCUAAGAAAACUCCGUUGUCUUUGCUUAGGUGGAGUGGGUGAUUAUUCAAAUGAGUAUGCAGUUUGGGGCUGCAAAUCUCCAGAUGGAAUUGGAAAGCUUGUUUGUUUGGAGGAUUUGUUUGGUAUAGAAGCAGACAGUGAUAAAAUAGUAAGGGAGAUUGGAAAGCUAACGCAAUUGCGACGAUUAGCCAUCACAAAGCUGAGAAGAGAAGAUGGAAAAGAGUUGCUGUCCUGCCUCUUGAGGCUGACCAACCUUCGAGAAUUGGUCAUCUCCUGUAUUAAAGAAGAUGAGAUCCUUGAUCUCCAACAUUCCGUCUCUCCAAAACUUGGAUUCCUCACAUCUCUGUUGUUGAAGGGGCGUUUAGAGAGAGUACCGCAAUGGGUGACAUCACUUCAAUCCUUGAGAAUCUUACAGUUGGACAAUAGUAGGUUGAGAGAAGAUGAGAAUGUAACAGGCUCCCUCGGACAUUUGCCCAAUCUGGUAUCACUUACUCUCUAUCGUGCUUAUGAAGGGGAGACACUGUGUUUCGAGGUUGGAGGAUUUCAAAAACUCCAGCACUUAGAGCUUGUGCAAUUAACAAGACUGAAAUGGGUGAGAGUGGAAGAGGAAUCAAUGGCUACUCUCAGAAAUCUGCAAUUAAUGGGUUGUAAACUGAUGCAGGAGUUGCCUUCAGGCAUCCAAAACUUGACCGGACUUCAAUUUCUUGGGUUCUUUGAUAUGUCUGAUGAGCUAAUGCAGAAAGUACAAAAUUUAGAUCAACAAAGUGAAGAUUAUCAGACAAUUUCUCAUAUCCCUCAAGUUUUCACUGGUCACUGGAUUGAUGGUCAUUGGGAAGGCAUGUUCCUCUAAGAGAAGAGAAGCUAAGAGACAACUCUUUGCAGCUUUCAACAUUAAUUGAUAUUCAGUCAACUCAUCUCUUGUAUAAGUCUCAGGUUGCUUACUAGCUUUUCCCUUUAUUUCAUUGAGUUCUCGUUUACUUUUUCCUUUCUACUGCUUACUACAUUUGUAUCAAAUCAUAUCAUGAAAUAGCUACAAUCACCUUCAAUUCCUCGAAA